UUUACAUCUCCAAAGAACUUUAAGGAUGGUAAUUCCUCUUUCUCGUUGUGCAAGUCCUAUAAAUGCCAUUGUACUUUUCUCAGACACUAGAGUCGUUCGUGUACAGUUCAACAAUAAGAUGAAACUUUUGAUUUUACUAACUGUUGGAAUUCCAUUUGUGCUAUGCCAAGGAAGAGGUAGACCCCCAAUUCCUUUAUCAUCUGGUAGCAGUCCUGAUGGAAAUGCUAGAAUUAUUAGUGGAGACGCUGAUGUUAACACUGAUGGAUCUUAUAAAUGGAGCUUCCAAUCAGAUAACGGCAUUUCGGCGCAAGAAAUAGGUCAAACCAAAAACGCAAACUCACAAGAGCCCAUAGAAGAAGCCCAAGGAAAUUUCCAGUACACUGCUCCAGAUGGUUCUCCCAUUCAAGUUUCGUAUAUUGCGAAUGAAAAUGGAUUCCAACCUAAUGGUGCUCACCUGCCCGUAGCUCCUCCAAUACCUAUAGAAAUUCUUAGAUCGCUGGAGUGGAAUGCGGCGCAUCCAGAAGAAGACGAUGAUGGAUCGGGUAAACCAAGGAGACCUUGAUUUUUAAAUUAGUAUGUAUUUUAAUAAACAGUGAAGAGUAAUAUAAAAUAUUUAGAAUGUGAUAUUUUUAAUAAAAGCAAUAAAAACACUGUAAGAA